AUGGCCCGAACAGAUGUCCUCAUUAUCGGUGCAGGACCCACAGGUCUCGUGCUUGCUCUCUGGCUCCAUAAACAGGGUAUCACAGUUCGUAUCGUUGACGUAUCAGAAGGCCCAGCGAAACACUCUCGGGCUCUUGUCGUCCAUGCGCGCAUCCUGGAGCUAUAUCGGCAGCUUGACCUGGUUGACGAACUACAAGCCUGCGGGUAUCAGCUACCAGCAACUAACAUAUGGGUUGAAGGCCAUCAUUGUGCGCACAUUCAGCUAUCAGACGUUGGCAAAGAAUUGACCCCAUAUCCAUACAUAUUGAUGAUUCCACAAGAUGAUCAUGAGCGCAUUCUGGAAAACAAACUCCAGUCUCUUGGAGUCCUGGUGGAGCGAGGCACAGAAUUCCUGCAGUAUGUGGAUCGUGGAUCCAGUGUCAUCGCAACUUUGCGCCGAAAGAUCGAUGGAAGCGAAAUAGCCUGUGAAGCAACAUAUAUUGUUGGCUGUGACGGAUCACAUUCAGCAGUUCGACGUAGCAUUGGCGCCAAAUACGAGGGCGAGACUUAUGUCCCCCUGUUCUAUAUUGUCGACCUCGAAGCCGAAGAUGACGACAGCCCCCUUUUCAACGGCGAAGGUCAUUUGAGAAUCCAGGACGACAAAUUCACCAUGUUGCUUCCGUUUUCUGAUAGUAGACAUGUCAGAUUGGUCGGCACCAUCAUUCCAGAUGGAGAUCAGAAAGUCGAUAUAUCAACUCCUCACCCAGAUAUUACUUUCGAAGACGUACUACCAGAUAUCAAGAAAUCAUCAGGACUCGUGAUCAAGAAGCUGAACUGGUUCUCUACAUACCGUAUUCAUCAUCGUGUUGCCGAAAAGUACCACAAAAACCGGGCAUUCCUCGUUGGCGAUGCUGCGCACAUCCACAGCCCUGUGGGGGGUCAAGGAAUGAACACUGGUAUCAUGGAUGCCAUCAAUCUCGCUUGGAAACUCGCUACUGUGAUUAGAAACCCUAAAAUGAAUAGAGAGUCACAGAAAAAGCUCUUGGAUUCAUAUGAGACCGAACGCCGUGCUUUCGCGCUCAAUGUCAUAGGCACGACUGACCACGGUUUUACCGUUCUCACAGAUCAGGGAAUCUUUUCACGCCUUUUGCGGAACUGGAUCAUUCCAUAUUUUGUACCCUUUAUCAUGAAGUUCCAUUUUGGGCGAACUCGAGUCUUCCGAGGUGUCUCUCAACUCGCGUGUACUUACCGCGGAAGUCCAAUGAGUCAGAUCGCUGUCGGCUCUGAGAAAAUACAACCCGGAGACCGCUUACCGUGGGCGAAGACAGAAUCGUCGGACAAUUACUCGACAAUUCAUAUAGUGUCCUGGCAGCUCCAUGUUUAUGGUGAUCAGCGACCAGACCUGCAGAAGUGGUGCAGUGCGCACAGUGUUCAGCUCACCGUUUUUGAGUGGAAUCCGCAUCACGGCAAAGUUGGCUUUAAGAGAGAUGCUGCAUACUUAUUGCGACCGGAUCAGUAUAUUGCUGGCAUAUAUGAAAGUACCUCGAUUGCAUCGAGUCUAGAUGACUACUUUUCUUCUCAUGGCCUGGCGUUUUAG